AUGACCUUGGGAGAGCACACUGGGCCUCCGUCUUCCUACCUGCACAAUGGGGACUGGCCCAGGGCCCUCCAGUCCGACAACCCCGCGGAGACUUCAAAAGGCCCGGCGGGCGCCGCGGCCCCAGCACCUAUGAGCCGCCCCCCGCGCCCGGAGCCCGCGCCGGAGUCCGAGGACGCAGAGCGGCCGAAGUUCGAGCGCAGGCGGACCGGGCCGGCGGCGCAGCCCCGCGCGCCCAUGCCCCUCCCGGCCGGCGGGGAGGCAGCUUCCACCGCCCUCCGCGCGCCCUCGCCCGGCCUCGCUCUGCCUCCGGGGACCGCCAGCAGCCCGCCUCCAAAAGGAUCAGAUGCCCCGGGUGGCUUCGGGUGUCGCCGGUGGCUGCUCCCACAGGAAGGUGAAAUCGGAUCGCUGCCUCUGCCCAUCUUGGCAGGAGCCACCGAGCGGAGCAUUAACCCCUCAGGGCCCCAGAGUUCAGGGGCAGCAAUGACGGUGGGGUUUCUCUUCACCUGGAUCUUAGUGUCGUUUGUCUGUCACCUGGCCUCCACCCAAGGAGCUCCUGAAGAUGUGGACGUCCUCCAGCGGCUCGGCCUCAGCUGGACAAAGGCAGGGGGUGGCCGGAGCCCCCCGCCCCCGGGGGUCAUUCCGUUCCAAUCAGGCUUCAUCUUCACGCAGCGGACCCGGCUCCAGGCCCCCACGGCCGCCGUCAUUCCCGCCUCCCUGGGCACAGAGCUGGCUCUGGUGCUGAGCCUCUGCUCCCAUCGGGUGAACCAUGCCUUCCUCUUCGCCGUCCGCAGCCGGAAACACAAGCUGCAGCUGGGUCUGCAGUUUCUCCCCGGCCAGACGGUCCUCCACCUGGGGCCCCGGCGCUCGGUGGCCUUUGACCUCGACAUGCAUGACGGGCGCUGGCAUCACCUAGCUCUGGAGCUCCGUGGCCGCACGGUCACCCUGGUGACAGCCUGCGGGCAGCGCCGGGUGUCUGUCCCGCUGCCUUUCCCCAAGGACCCAGCCCUCGACCCCGAGGGCUCCUUCCUCUUUGGGAAGAUGAACCCGCACGCGGUCCAGUUUGAAGGUGCCCUGUGCCAGUUCAGUAUCUACCCUGUGACGCAGGUCGCUCACAAUUACUGUACCUACCUGAGAAAGCAGUGUGGACAGGCUGACACGUACCGGCCCCAGCUGGGACCCCUCCUUCCCCGAGACCCUGGCGCAAUCUUCACCUUCCAGACCGACCUUGCCCUGCGAGGCCUGGAGAACCUGACCACUGCCGCGCCAGCCCUGGGGGCACGGCCGGCAAACAGGGACCCCAGGAGGACUGUAGUGCCCGCCACCCCCGCCGAGCCCCUCAGGACUAGCGUCGCAGACCCUCACCGGCGUGCUGCAGCCGGGAGCCCAGCGCGGACCCCGCCGUCACCUGCCAGGCUGUCAGCCGGUGAGGGGCCCUCAGCUCCCCGUGCCGGUGCCGCCACACCUGUCCAGCCGUUGCAGAAGAGCACAGCCGCAGGCAGCCCCAGCAGUCACCCAGCUCAGCCCUCGGCCCCUCCUCCUUCAAGAGGCCCCGUCAAAAGGCCCCGCCCCACCCAAAAGGCCGCUCAGCCUCCCUUCUCGAAGGCAGCGCCCCCCACCACGAAGCCGGUGCCACCCACCUCCCCCCUACUUCCUGCCAAGGCCUCCCGGCCCCCCGUGAAGCCAAUCGCGAGGACCCUUGUAACGCCCAGACCUCCGCUGCCCAGCGCUCGGCCCCUGCUUCUGGCCACGGGCUCCUCCAAAAAGCCUUUCUCCCCAGGGGGCCAGAAUGAGGCCGCAAUGAGCCAUCGUGCCGGCGGGCCGGCUGCUGCCCGCACCGGCGCCACCAGGCCUCCUCAGCCCACUGUCCCGUCCCUGUCCCCUGCCCCCCGUCCUGGCCCUACAAGGCCCGCUCCACUGCCAGCCACGUCCUUGCCUCCCGCCCUGGCUCCUGGCUCAGCCCCCUCCAGGACCAAGACGCCCUCUGGAUCAGAAGCCACGCAGAAAGCCAGACCCAAGAGCAAGGCCCGGAAGCCCGUCCCCCUCAGACCCGGGAAGACAGCCAGGGAUGUCCCGCCGACCGAUCCGACAACCCGGCCCAGCCCCAGCCAGUCCCAGCCCCGCCAGCCUGCCACCUCCUCGGCGUUCACCUCGGCGCAGUUCCUGUCCGCCAGUCCCUGGCCUACAAGUCCCAGCUACUCGUUCCUCCACCCAGCGGGGCCCACGCCUUUCCCGUUGCUGAUGGGACCUCCAGGGCCCAAGGGGGACUGCGGUUUGCCGGGUCCCCCUGGGCUUCCUGGGCUCCCUGGACCCCCUGGUGCACGGGGGCCUCGGGGUCCUCCUGGGCCUUAUGGGAACCCAGGCCUCCCCGGCCCUCCUGGAGCCAAAGGACAGAAAGGGGACCCAGGGCUCUCACCAGGAAAGGCCCACGAUGGGGCAAAGGGCGACGUGGGCUUGCCUGGGAUCUCCGGGGAGCCAGGGCCUCUUGGACGAAAGGGAUACAAGGGCUAUCCUGGACCGGCGGGGCACCCUGGAGAACAGGGGCAGCCAGGACCUGAGGGCAGCCCAGGGGCCAAAGGUUACCCUGGCAGGCAGGGGUUACCCGGACCGGUAGGAGACCCUGGCCCCAAAGGCAGCCGGGGCUACAUUGGACUCCCAGGUCUCUUCGGCCUGCCCGGGUCUGACGGAGAGCGAGGCCUGCCUGGCGUUCCUGGCAAGAGGGGCAAGAUGGGUAGGCCGGGGUUUCCCGGAGACUUUGGGGAAAGAGGCCCUCCCGGACUGGAUGGAAACCCCGGAGAGCUGGGCUUGCCAGGGCCCCAGGGAGUCCCCGGUCUCAUUGGCGACAUGGGAGCACUGGGUCCGAUUGGCUAUCCAGGACCCAAAGGCGUGAAGGGACUGAUGGGGAACGUGGGGGAACCCGGACUGAAAGGUGAUAAGGGCGAGCAAGGGGUCCCAGGUGUGUCAGGAGGUACCGGAUUCCAAGGAGACAAGGGGAGCCAGGGAUUGCCAGGGUUCCCAGGCGCCCGGGGGAAGCCAGGGCCUCUGGGCAAAGUUGGAGACAAGGGAUCCCUUGGGUUUCCUGGGCCUCCUGGCCCCGAGGGAUUCCCUGGAGACAUUGGCCCCCCUGGGGACAACGGCCCAGAAGGCGUGAAGGGUAAGCCUGGAGCUCGAGGUCUGCCGGGACCCCGUGGGCAGCUGGGGCCCGAGGGAGAUGAGGGACCCAUGGGGCCACCCGGGGCCCCUGGCUUAGAGGGCCAGCCUGGCAGGAAGGGGUUUUCUGGUAGGCCCGGCCCGGAUGGCAUGAAGGGAGAACCAGGUGACCCUGGACGGCCAGGGCCAGUGGGUGAGCAGGGACUUCUGGGAUUCAUUGGUCUGGUCGGGGAGCCGGGGAUCGUGGGAGAAAAGGGUGACCGGGGCAUGAUGGGACCCCCAGGCGCACCCGGACCCAAGGGAUCGAUGGGUCACCCUGGAACUCCCGGUGCUGUUGGGACCCCCGGAGAGCCUGGGCCCCCGGGUCUUCCAGGGUCUCGAGGCCCACCAGGCAUGAGGGGAGUAAAGGGACGCCAGGGCCCCCGAGGACCAGAUGGACCAGCCGGGGAGCAGGGGUCCAGGGGCCUGAAGGGCCCUUCAGGACCUCAGGGCAGACCGGGCCAGCCCGGGCAACAGGGUGCGGCCGGUGAGCGAGGGCACUCGGGCGUGCGAGGCUUCCCAGGCAUCCCGGGUCCCUCAGGCCCCCCGGGCACCAAGGGCCUCCCAGGAGAACCGGGCCCUCAGGGACCCCAGGGGCCACUUGGUCCUCCUGGAGAGAUGGGACCCAAGGGGCCACCUGGUGCAGUGGGAGAGCCAGGCCUUCCUGGGGAAGCCGGGAUGAAGGGUGACCUUGGGCCUCUGGGCACCCCUGGGGAGCAGGGCCUCAUUGGGCAGCGGGGAGAGCUGGGCCUCGAGGGUGAUGGCGGCCCUGCAGGGCCCGAUGGGCUGAAGGGGGACAGGGGUGACCCCGGGCCUGAUGGUGAACGUGGCGACAAGGGCCAGGAAGGACUGAAGGGUGAGGAUGGGCCCCCCGGCCCCCCCGGCAUCCCUGGCGUCCGGGGUCCUGAAGGAAAACCAGGGAAGCAAGGCGAGAAGGGCCGGGCAGGAGCCAAGGGUGCCAAGGGCUACCAAGGACAGCUGGGCGAGAUGGGCGUCCCUGGAGACCCUGGGCCCCCCGGCACCCCAGGCCCUAAAGGGUCCCGGGGCAGCCUGGGACCAACGGGUGCCCCAGGACGGAUGGGGGCCCAAGGAGAACCGGGACUGGCAGGUUAUGAUGGACACAAAGGCGUCAUGGGCCCCCUCGGACCUCCCGGACCAAAGGGCGAAAAGGGGGAGCAGGGUGAGGAUGGCAAGGCCGAGGGGCCCCCUGGACCGCCUGGAGAUCGGGGCCCCGUAGGCGAUCGAGGAGACCGCGGGGAGCCAGGGGACCCUGGAUACCCCGGACAGGAAGGUGUGCAAGGCCUCCGUGGAGACCCAGGCCAGCAGGGCCUACCAGGGCAUCCGGGACCUCAGGGACGGCCAGGACCCAAAGGAUCGAAAGGGGAAGAGGGACCAAAGGGGAAGCAAGGCAAGGCGGGGUCACCUGGACGAAGGGGGAUUCAGGGCCUGCAGGGGCUGCCAGGGCCUCGGGGCGUGGUGGGGAGACAGGGCCCUGAGGGUGUGGCUGGACCUGAUGGAUUUCCUGGCCGGGAUGGUCAAGCAGGACAGCAGGGGGAGCAGGGAGAUGACGGGGACCCUGGCCCCAUGGGCCCUGCUGGGAAGAGAGGAAAUCCGGGCGUGGCUGGCUUGCCUGGAGCACAGGGGCCCCCAGGGUUCAAGGGUGAAAGUGGAUUGCCUGGGCAGCUGGGUCCUCCUGGCAAACGAGGGACAACAGGGGGAACUGGGCUUCCGGGGAGCCAGGGGGGGCCUGGACCCAAAGGCCAGCCGGGUGACUCUGGUGAGAUGGGCUUCCCAGGAAUGGCCGGCCUAUUUGGACCCAAGGGCCCCCCGGGAGACAUCGGCUUGAAAGGCAUUCAGGGCCCUCGGGGGUCCCCUGGCUUGAUGGGAAAGGAAGGCAUCAUUGGGCCCCUCGGAAUCCUGGGACCUUCAGGACACCCGGGUCCAAAGGGCGACAAAGGCAGCCGAGGGGACUUGGGACUGCAAGGUCCGAGGGGCCCUCCUGGUCCCAGAGGCCGGCCUGGCCCUCCGGGUCCUCCAGGGAGCCCUAUCCACUUCCAGCAAGAUGACCUUGGAGCAGCUUUCCGGACGUGGAUGGAUACAGAUGGAGCACUGAAAGCAGAGGGUUAUAGCCAUCCCGACCGGCUGGUGCUGGACCAGGGAGGGGAGAUCUUUAAAACCUUACACUACCUCAGCAACCUCAUCCAGAGCAUUAAGACGCCCCUGGGCACCAAAGAGAACCCGGCCCGGGUCUGCCGAGACCUCAUGGACUGUGAGCAGAAGAUGGUGGACGGUACCUACUGGGUGGACCCAAACCUUGGCUGCUCGUCCGACACCAUCGAAGUUUCCUGUAACUUUACGCAUGGUGGACAAACGUGUCUCAAGCCCAUCACAGCCUCCAAGGUCGAGUUUGCCGUCAGCCGGGUCCAGAUGAACUUUCUGCACUUGCUAAGCUCUGAGGUGACCCAGCAUAUCACCAUCCACUGCCUUAACAUGACCGUGUGGCAGGAGGGCACAGGGCGGACCCCAGCCAAGCGGGCCGUGCGCUUCCGGGCCUGGAACGGGCAGAUCUUUGAAGCAGGUGGUCAGUUCAGCCCGGAAGUAUCAAUGGAUGGCUGCAAGGUCCAGGAUGGCCGCUGGCAUCAGACACUUUUCACCUUCCGGACCCAGGACCCACAGCAGCUGCCCAUCGUCAGCGUGGACAACCUCCCCCCUGCCUCAUCAGGGAAGCAGUACCGCCUCGAAGUUGGACCUGCGUGCUUCCUCUGACCUCUGACCUCCUGGCUCCUCUAGACCUCGAGGGGGAGGGAAGAGGAGGAGGAGGGAAAGGGAGGGUCCCUCGGGGCAGGCGGGCCGGCCGGGGAGCCCAAGGAUUCCCGGCUAGAGCCCCAGCUACCGUCUGUCCAGUAAGAGUGGCUGGGGGUGGGGGGGUGCAGCAGGGAACAGUGUAUCCUUGGGACCGACCGAUCCCAGCUCAGCCCCGAAGACCAACCAAAGAGCCAGCCAUAGCGAGCUGGACCUGCACCCCACCUGCGCCCUGCGGCCCGUCUCCCAGCUCUGCUCUGCUCGGUUUCCUGCCCAAAGAGCCCCACCAGUCUGGCCAGCUCGAGGGGCGGGGGUUGUCUCACCGCCAGUCCCUGCCAGGAGCUUUGAUGUGCAAUAUUAGAGAGGAGACAUGAAAAAAGGAGAAAAGGAAAGAAAGAAGUAUAUCUAUUUUAUUUAAACAAACACAGAGAAAGGUGCAUUACUAGUUUUUCACCUGAGAAAGAGGUGAGAGAAGGAGCAGCCAGAGGGUGGGAAGCGGUGGAGGCCGAGGGGGGGGCAGCACGACCCUGGGGGCUGGGGGCGCCCACGCUAGCUACCUCCCACUGUGAAAUCGCUGGUGCUCGCUGUCUCAUAGUGUAUGUGAUUUUUUUUUAAGGAAAAAAAAA